AUGGUAUCGACGCUGAACAAACCUCGGCAACCAACGCAAGUUGCCGAGUCCCCCGUAGCGCUUCAAAAGAUUCGAGACACGUUCAAGAACUCAACUGAUCUCGUCCUCGGCUUCUCCGACGAGGCAGGAUGCUCCGGGUUCUGGGACGAGGUGUUCCCUACCCAGCAACAGUUGGUCCUCGCCUUCGUCACCGAAUCGCUGGCCCGGAUGGGCCGCAACCUAGACGCGCUGGCGCCCGGAGAGGCUCUGGAAAUCACCAACACUCUCCCCAAGCACCAAAAUCUGCUCCAGAUCAUCUACAAAAUCCUCCAAGACGGCGGUCUGGUCAAGUCCCAGCACGGCAGGUUCCUCCGAACCUACCAGCCCGUCGACAAGAUACCCUCGUGGGCGAUCUACAACCAGCUCAUCCGAGACCACCCCCUCCACAACAGCGAGCACGAACUCCUCCAAGUCGCGGGCUCCAAGCUGGCCGAGUGCCUCACGGGGGCGAUCGAGCCGCUCAGCCUCAUCUUCGGCAAGAGCCGCGGCCUGCUGCAGGAGUUCUACACCAACGCGCCCAUGUUCGUGGCCGCGUCCAAGUUCGCCUGCGAGAUCAUCGGGCGCGCGUUCGCGGGUGUUACGUCCCGCGUCGAGAUCCUCGAGGUCGGCGCCGGCCUCGGCGGUACGACAAAGUACGUGCUCGACAAGCUCGUCGAGAACGCCGUCCCCUUCACGUACACGUACACGGACAUCUCGUCCUCCUUCCUAGCCGAGGCGAAGAAGAGGUACGCCCACCUGCCCCCGGGCAGCGUCGAUUUCGUGCCGCUGGACAUCGAGAAGACGCCCCCCGAGAAGCUGUGCGGCCGGUUCCACGCCGUGCUGUCGUCCAACUGCGUCCACGCCACCAGGAGCCUCGCGGCGUCCUGCGGCAACAUCCGCAAGCUGCUCCGCCCCGGGGGCUUCGUGGUUCUCGUCGAGUUCACGACGAGGCUGUCAUGGUUGGAUCUGGUGUUUGGGCUGCUCGAGGGGUGGUGGCGCUUCGACGACGGGCGUACGCAUUGCUUGGCUGAUGAGCACUUGUGGGAGUCGACGCUGAAGGCUGUUGGUUUCGAGAACGUGCUCUGGUCGGACGCUGAAGGGAACGAUAAGCCGAAUCCUCAAACUCUCGUGGCUUUUUGA